AUGGGAAGGGAACCAAGGUACCCGGGCCUUGACAUUGGCACAGAUUCUGAGAGGGCCUUGUCCAGCCAUCAGUCACGGCAUCCUGACAGCUUCAGGAUGGAAGUCAAAGGUCAGCUGAUCAGCUCUCCCACCUUCAACGCCUCAGCUGCCCUGUUUGGAGAGGCUGCCCCCCAGAUGAAGUCAGAACGUCUACGGAGUCUGCUCGACCGGCAGCGGGCCCUGCAGGAGGCCCUGAGCCUGAAACUUCAGGAGCUGAGGAAAGUGUGUCUCCAGGAGGCGGAGCUGACUGGCCAGUUGCCUCCCGAGUGCCCACUGGAGCCUGGUGAACGACCCCAGUUGGUCCGCCGGCGUCCCCCUGCAGCCCGCGCCUACCCUCCACCGCACCCCAACCCAGCACACCACUCCACGUGCCCCACCGAGGAGCUGGCGCUUGAGGCCCUGGAGCGAGAGGUGUCUGUGCAACAGCAGAUCGCCGCAGCUGCCCGCCGCCUGGCCUUGGCCCCUGAGCUCAGUGCUGAGCAGCGCCGGCGCCGGCGCCAAGUCCAGGCAGAUGCCCUUCGGAGGUUGCACGAGCUGGAGGAGCAGCUUGGGGAGGUCCGGGCCCGCCUUGGCCUCUCGGGGGUCCCGCCAUCCCAGCCCCUGCCCCUGUCCACCGGAGGAGCCGUUAUCACCGCCCAGGGAGUCUGCCUGGGCACGCGCCUCGCUCAGCUCAGCCAUGAGGAUGUUGUUCUGCACUCGGAGAGCAGCUCCCUCUCAGAGUCUGGGGCCAGCCACGAUAAUGAGGAGCCCCGUGGCUGCUUCCCUCUGGCUGAGCGCCCCUCACCGCCCAAGGCCUGGGACCAGCUGCGGGCAGUCUCUGGGGGCAGCCCUGAGCGGCGAACCCCGUGGAAACCACCCCCAUCAGAUCUUUAUGGGGAUCUGAAGGGCCGGCGAAACUCUGUGGCCAGCCCCACCAGCCCUACACGCUCACUGCCCAGGAGUGCCUCCAGUUUUGAGGGGCGAAGUGUGCCUGCUACUCCCGUCCUCACCCGGGGCGCUGGCCCCCAGCUCUGCAAACCUGAAGGCCUCCAUUCUCGCCAGUGGUCCAGCAGCCAGGACUCCCAGAUGGGCUUCCCACGGGUGGACCCUGUCUCCGACCGCACCUCCCUCUUCGCAGCUCGCACCCGCCGCAGCAAUAGCUCCGAGGCCCUGCUGGUUGACCGGGCAGCGGGUGGGGGAGCUGGGUCCCCGCCCGCACCUCUGGUUCCCCCUGCCACCGGUCCCCCAGUCUGCAAGAGCAGUGAGGUGCUAUAUGAGCGCCCCCAGCCAACCCCUGCCUUCUCCUCCCGCACGGCUGGCCUCCCAGACCCUCCCCGGGCUGCCCGGCCCAGCUCAGCCGCACCGGCCUCCCGCGGGCCCCCCCGGCUCCCACCCGUGUGUGGGGACUUCCUCUUGGACUAUUCCCUGGACCGGGGCCUGCCCCGUGGGGGCAGCGGGACAGGCUGGGGGGAGCUGUUGCCGACAGCUGAGGUUCCAGGACCCCUCUCCCGCCGCGAUGGGCUCGUCGCCAUGCUUCCAGGCCCACCGCCUGUGUAUGCAGCUGACGGCAGCAGCCCCCUCCUCCGCAGCAAGGACCCCCAUAGCCGUGCCCCCCGCACCAAGCCCUGUGGUCUGCCCCUGGAGGCUGCCGAGGGCCUGGAGGCGCAUCCCAACCCUCUGCUGUGGAUGCCCCCACCCGCCCGUAUCCCCUCGGCCGGUGAGCGCAGCGGCCACAAGAACCUUGCCCUGGAGGGGCUGCGGGACUGGUACAUCCGGAACUCGGGACUGGCCUCGGGGCCCCAGCGCCGGCCUGGGCUCCCUCACAUGGGCCCGCAGCACCCGCCCUUCCUUCAUGCCCGCUGCUAUGAGGUGGGCCAGGCACUGUACGGGGCCCCCAGCCAGGCGCCGCUCCCACACUCGAGGAGUUUCACGGCGCCCCCUGUCUCCGGCAGAUACUACGCGGAUUUCCUGUACCCCCCGGAGCUGAGCGCUCGUUUAAGUGACCUGACGCUAGAGGGGGAGCAGUCCUCCGGUUCUGACCCCCAGACCCCGGGAACACUGGUCUGACCCCUUCUGACAUGCCCCUUAUUGGCCUGGGCAAGACUCCAGUUUGGGGAGUGCACAGCUGACCUCGCUGAGCCCUGGGAUAGGGUUGCUGUCACUCCUGGUGGUGGGCACCAACCUGAUCAUCCAAGGCCCCUGGCUCCCCGUGGGCCCAUAAAGGUGUCUGACACCCUGCAUCUCCUUUCAUGCUGUGCUGGGGACUGGGGGCCUUCUGCCAGGUUAAAAGAGAGGAGGUGAUGGAGACUCC